UUGCAAUCGGGUCAAAUUGUCAUGGUCAGUGCUGGCGCGGUCGUGCGCGGGUUUGACGAUGCGUCGGCGCACCAAGAGGCUGCAGACGCGUGCAUGUUUCACUUUGAACGCAAGCACGUGUACUCUGUGAAGAACAACCCCAUGUGUGGGAUUAGCUUUGGGCAGUGGUGGCACCUUGUGCGCACACAGUGGCGCCACUUUGACUGGUGUUAUGUCCCACGGGUGUUGUUCCUCACGGUUCUGUCGUUGUUCAACUCGCUUCUGGGCAUCGUCGAGUCCAUUCUGUACCCCGAUGCCGUGAUCCACCGCGUGGAGUUGCCGACGGACCCAGUGUUCAUCAUCGGCCACCCUCGCACCGGCACGACGCUUUUGCACAACCUGUUGGCGUCGGACGCGGCGAAUUUCUACACGUGCACGACCUUUUGCACGGGGUUCCCAUCGUGUUUCCUUUGGUUCGAAGCGUGGGGCAAGCGGCUCUUUGCCGGCACCAUCGACCCCACUCGGCCCAUGGAUUCGAUGCCUCUGCACUUUGACCUGCCGCAAGAAGACGAAUGUGCGACGAUAUUGCUGUCCCGUGGCGCCAGCUACUACAUGCCCAUCUACUUGAUGACUCGGGAGCCAGCCUUUCGGCGAUUUCUCGACUUUAGUGCCGCGGAUGGCGGCACGGCAGACGAUGAAGCGCAGUGGACUUCUGCGUUUGUGUAUCUGUUGAAGAAACUCACUUUUCGCCACCAAAUCCAAGCGAAAGGCAGCUCAUUACGACAACGACUGGUGCUCAAGUCGCCUAUUCACGCGGCCAGGGUGCCGUUGCUACGCAAGUUGUUUCCAAACGCGCGGUUCAUCUACAUCCACCGCGAUCCGUUUGAAACGAUGGCGUCGGCGGCGCAUUUGGCCAACACUGCGUUCUGGUUUAUGUACUUGUCCACGCCCACCGACGACCAGGUGAACGAAUACCUGUUUUGGCAAUUCGACCACAUGUGGCGCAAGUACAACGAGGCGGCGGUGGACAAGUCAGUGCAUGGAGGACGCGUGGUCCUGCCAGACAUCCUCGAAGUGUCGUACGCAGAGCUCACAACGUGUCCGGAACGGACGCUACGAAGCAUCUACGCCCAUGCAAAUAUACAGUGGACAGACCAGUCGACUCGACACUUUGCCGCGGAAGUGGACGCACUUCAAUCGUACCAGGUGAACCGACACCGCACGCCUGCCCACGCCACUCCGACGCCGCAUUCAAGACAUGGCCCAAGAGUACAUGGAUGCUCUCGGGUAUACCACCGCGCAAUCUCCCGGGGAUUAGGCGGCUAUGAGCUUAAAGGAACAAGGGGUCUCCACCAAGUAAAUGCUGAUACAGAUUUGUGAAACUACUUCAAAAUACAUCUUGAUUGUCU